CCGCGCGCCCCUGUCAGUCGAGUUCGGUUAUCGCGGAGUGCGCGCGUCUCGUCUGGUGCGCACGCGCAGUGCGCUUUGAUAUGGUCCCGUUUACAACGCCCGGAGAGAGCUUGCGUUUCGUACGAGCUGUCGCACUCUCACCAUGACACAAGAAGAAAUAUACACGCGUCUGGACGACGACCUCCACUCCGCGGCUGAACAUGCCGCCGAUGACGAGGAUCUUGUCAUUAGGAGACAGAAAAGUGUCAAAGAAAUGAUCUUACGCUUCGAAAAGACAAGUUUAAGUGCCUUCGAUCCUACGAACGAUUCUCUUGAAAGGUCAAAGGACUCAUCGCUUGGAAGCUUAACAAGUGUAGUGAACCCUCUCCAAAUGCAUUUCCAACAUCUGUGCCCAGUAACUAGAUCUCAGGAUAGGAACUCAAAUGUGUCAGUGAAUUCCAUACUAUCGAACGCUUCGGAGAAUAGCUAUGAAUCAAGUUCUUCUGGUUUUGUUUCCGAUAGAAAAUCAGGUCGAGAGAGUUUAGUUCCUCAUCGACCAGCGCCCCCGCCUCCUGAGCCUUUCAAUGAUAGCUGCUCGUCAUCGGAAAGCAAGUCGCCCGUACGUCGGGAGAGUCGGGAAGUAGAGCGACGAUACUCCUCUGCAACACCAAAUUCCUCACCUAUCGUGAAACGACGAUCACGACAACCACCAGUUAUGAGGAAGAAGUCAAAUGCUAGUAGCAUACUUUUAGGUGAAGCGCAUUGGUCCUAUGGUGUGCGACAAAGUGAUUUAGAAAAGUUAUUAGGUUUGAAAAGAUCAGAGGUGUCUGAUCAUGAGGACGACCGCAAAAGUAUUAGUGUUGAGUCAGAGAACGAAAGCAGCAGUGGUAGCUCUAGUGAUUCUAAUGAUAGUGAAAAAUCUAAUAAAUGUAAUGAAUACAUAGUUCAAGAUGACGACGGUAGAACAGAUACUUUAUCUACAGACCAUUCAACGGAUACCCUGAUAAACGAAGAAAACAGUGACGAACAGGACGAUUUGUCGGUAACUUCGGGUGAAUCUGGUGAACGUAGUAAUUAUGACAAUGUUAGUAUUAAGUCAAUAUCGUCAUUUGACAUGGUGCCCUAUCAGAAAUACGAUAGCAUUACUGUUUCCUCGGACGAAUUCGGUUCAGAACUGUGUAGUGCUCCUGAUACUGAGUUUUUAACCGUGAGUGCUGUGAAUGAGUGGUGUAUGUCAAGAUCGGUGGCUCCGACACUAUUACCUGUGCAAUCCAAAAAGGAAAAAUAUCGAAGGCGACUGACCGAACGAGUGAACGAGUUGAUACACACCGAGAGCGUUUACGUCGAGAGGCUACGGCACGUGAUAGAGAACUACAUUCCAGAGAUGGACAGGGAGGAUCUGCCCUCAACCCUGGCCGGCGCUAAGGGCAUCAUCUUUGCAAACAUUGAGGACGUCUACAGGUUUCACUCCAAAGAAUUCCUGCCAGCGUUACGAGAGUGCGAAAAUGAUCUUAGGAAAUUGGGCCAAUGCUUUAGGAUAUAUGAACCAAGGUUUAAUAUGUACGUAAUGUACUCUAGGCAUAAUAAGAGAGCCACGAGACUGGUAUAUGAACACAAGCUGUUCUUCCAAGAGAAGCAAAUGGAACUAGGCGAAAGAUUAGAUCUCUCAAGUUACAUAUUAGAACCAAUACAAAGGAUUCCGAGGUAUAAAUUGUUCCUGGUCGAUCUAGUUAAAACUUACACUAAUUACGAGAACGAGAGGUGUGAGUCGGAUUCUCGGAUCUCUAAGUUAAGUGUGGACAGCGAUGAGACUGGGGGAAGCAACGGGGACUCGGACAGCGAUGAAACGCCACUAGAAAGUUUGAAGCAAGCAAAAAUUGUGGUGGAACGCAUACUGACUGCGGUCGAUGAGAUUGUGGUAUUAGAAAACAUCACAGACUUGCCGCCGCAACUGAGCCUGCUGUGCCAGGGUCGUCUGCUCGUCCAGAACGAGUUUUGGGCCAUGGAUACGGCUCGGAGAAGGCGGACGCUCAUGAGGCUGUUCCUCUUUGACAAACUGGUGCUCAUCACGGCGGUAUACAAGAAGGUAUGUUUUUACAGUCCAUUAUAA